AUGGCUUACCAACAUCAACAACCACAGCCGAUACAGGCGCCCAGGACUUUCCCGGCCUUCGGAUACUGCGACUCAUACUUUGUGGAGAGCCACGACGACGAUGAUGGCAUGUACGCACGUGCAGCUGCUGACCGUGAACGGGCUCGCAACAUGGCCAAGCUACGGCAAAAGGCCUUUGGCGAGCAAUUAUCUCGUGCCACUGCUGAAGAGUACCAAGAAGACAUUCUCGAUCACAUGGAACACAUGGAAGCCGAGACGAUGCCUGAUAUUCAAUCCAUCGAAAUCCAGACCGAGAUUCAGUGGUUCAUGAGGCCUUACUUGUUGGAUUUUCUCCUCGAAGCUCAUCACGCCUUUCAAUUACUACCGGAGACUCUUCACCUCGCCGUCAACCUGCUCGAUCGAUACUGCUCGAGAAGAGUUGUCUACAAGCGUCACUACCAGCUCGUGGGAUGUGCUGCUCUUCUCAUCGCUGCCAAGUACGGCGAUCGCAAAGAGCGAGUACCGACCAUUCGCGAGCUGAAGUCAAUGUGCUGCUCUCUGUACGAUGACGAUAUGUUCACGCAGAUGGAAUGGCACGUUCUGCAGACUCUGAACUGGAUCGUCGGUCACCCGACCGUCACCAGCUUCCUUCAGUUGGCCUUGACUGAAGUGGCGUGCGAUCCCGAGCUCGAGCACAUGUCAUGGUACAUUUCCGAGCUGGCUUUGUACCACAAAGACUUCAUUCCUGUGAGGCCGUCCGUCAUGGCACGGUCAUGCCUGGCACUUGCUCGCUGCAUUCUCGGCCGACAGCAGUCUUGCUACGGUGACUGGUCCGCACACUACGAUGCACAGGUAGUCCUCAACCUGUCCAACCAUCUCGGCCACCCUUCUCAGGCACUACUCCGAAAGUACGCGUCGCCUCAGUUCUCAUCGGCAUCGACCACCAUCGACAUCUUCCUCCGGCAUCAAGCGAUGCUCAACAAGAGCGUAUCGCAGGCACCUGCGAAUGACGUGAAUGCGAUGGAAGUCGACACCAACCCACCCGCUGCCACAUAUCUCACGCCGCAGACGCCGCAGAAAGCGGGCUUCACGACAGGAUACGUCGGCAUGCUGACGCCGCCCAUCACACCUGACAAGAUGGUCAUGAGCAACAUGAGCUACGGCGGACCUCAACACAUGCUGCAGCAUACCGCUCAGUGUGAUCCAACGCCGCCGUCAAGUGGUGACCACAACGGGAUGAACACCUACUCAUCUGUUCCACAACAUUACAUGCCUCAGCCACGGUUCGUCCAAUAGCGGCAGUGGACUGCGGCAUCAUACUACGCCGCGGCUGCUUCAUUGCAUGCCGCGAAUCACCUUGUUUGCCCUCCCGGCGGCUCCAUUGUAACAACAAUGUACGAGCGGCGAGGCAUUUUCUUCGUUACAGCAUUCAGCAAGCGUUGCAUUUUCUUUUAUUUUCUUUCUUUGUUAUAUGCCGGAGCAUGCCUCGCGGAGCUCGAGAUUCGGACAUCAGAGCGUGUGAAGGCAGGAAAAUCCUGCGAGAUGUGUAUCGAGAGGAAGAGAGAGAGGGGAGAGACACUUUAUGUGGGGGUGUGAAGAAGACGGCCCAAAAAAGCACAAGCAUAUUUUAUCGAAUGGGAUAUCAGAAUGGAAUCGGGAAUGGACCGUCAAGAAGAAUGGAAAGAGAACAAAACAAAGCACAUUCGCUCGGAUGGAAAUCAGCGAUGGCACUGUGC